AUGAUGGAAAAGAAAGAGCUGUGGGAUAGGGCUGAGUGUGUGAAAGUCAGGUUAGCAAUUUUUCUCUUCUUUCUAGUUGGUUUGGAUGCUGCUGGUAAGACAACCAUUCUUUAUAAACUGAAACUAGGAGAAAUUGUCACCACAAUUCCCACUAUUGGUUUUAAUGUGGAGACGGUAGAAUAUAAAAACAUUUGUUUCACAGUUUGGGAUGUUGGUGGUCAAGAUAAAAUUAGACCUCUUUGGAGGCAUUAUUUCCAAAACACACAGGGCCUCAUUUUUGUGGUAGACAGCAAUGACAGAGAGAGAAUCCAAGAAGCAGCAGAAGAGCUGCAGAAAAUGCUUCAGGAGGAUGAGCUGCGAGAUGCCGUGCUGCUUCUGUUCGCAAACAAACAGGAUCUGCCAAAUGCCAUGGCAAUCAGUGAAAUGACAGAUAAACUAGGCCUUCAGUCUCUGCGUAACAGAACUUGGUAUGUCCAGGCUACCUGUGCUACGCAAGGAACUGGUCUGUAUGAGGGACUUGACUGGCUGUCAAAUGAACUCUCAAAACGCUAAUUCCAACUGGAUGACACUUUCACCAGGGACAUGUUUGAUAUAAGUGGUCUAGGCUUGUUACAACAAAAUUAGUUUGCAUCUUGGUUAUUACAGUAUCUGGAACUGAUAUUUGGGCAGGAUAUUACAGCGUUUCAACUUGUUUUGUUGCCAAUUAUUGUUUACCGAGCUACAUGUUGCAAAGGUAGCAAUAUGCUUGGGUAAAAAAUCUCCUUAACUUGGAAAAAAGUGUAUCUUCUGAUUUUAUUCCCCUUGUUAGCCUAAAUGCCUGAAUAUAGUUAUUGUGACAUCUUUAAGAUCUGUUUUGAAUACUCUUUGAGCCCCAAUAAAUUAAUAUUUUAAUUUUUUUUUAUCCCUGCUACUCUUAGUUUACUGAUGUCCUGUUUCAUUCCUCAGACAGUCUGCUGAUUUAAAAAUGUAGCAUUCCGUAUAUAUUUAUUUCUCUCCCUUGCCAAAAAGAUUUCCUAAUACUGCUUGUUCCAAGCCAAGGAAAUGCUCUAAAACACUAUACAAAUCUACUGCACUGAGGAAUAUUUUAAUUAUCCUUGGGUUCUGUCAGCCCAACUUGCCUUUGUGUGAAUUGGAUUUGAUGGGUAGAAUAGUUCUGUGCUGGUUGCGAAGAGCUCAUGUUGAGGUUGUUUUUAAUAUUCAGCAGAUUGUCUUCCUUUAUAUUGUAUCUUUUUUUUAUGUUGCAUGUUGCUUUUUGGUAUCAGCCUGACUAUUUUUGCCCAGUGUAUAAUAGUUCUGCUGAAGUUUUACUGUUUGUUGGUGAACAUAUCUUCAUAAGGAAAUUUUGGAAAAUUCAUCAAACUCAAUGGAUUAGUUUCUUCAUAACCCACUUGGAAUUAUUCCUAAUAAAAUGAUAAAAUGUA